AUGCAUACCACGUUAUACAGUUUCGAUGCAAAAUACCCGAUUGUAAAUACGCGCAUGCCGAGCCCCUGGGUCCCUGAGAACAUGACCUUUGUUGCUCCAAGUGGCCUGCGCCCAGUGUCUCCAACUCCGGGCCGGCCAGAGAACUCUGUGACCCACGGCGCGCAGCUGGAACCGCAGUGGGCUAGCCAGGAAGUGGCGGAGAGAACUGCGAAAGCGCUGUUGCCAACCAUUGAGAAUCGGCUGGCGAACUUUGAGGCGCUUUUGGAGCAAGGACUGCGGGUUCCGAAACCAACAGCUGAAAUCUCUGAGGCUGCCAAGCUGAUUGCUGAGACAGUCUCCACUUUGCAAGAUAGGCUACGCAGCCUCGAAGUGCGGAUGGAAGCGAUGGCACCAUCGCCGUUUUUUCCGGAGGGGCAUCGACGUGACGAGGAGACGAAGGACGCGCUGGGAUGGAUGUUCUCCCCGGUGAUGUUACUCUGUUGGGCUGGUUGA